GGUGUUUUCGGAAACGAUUGUGCCUAUGAUACUAUGUGACUGCGGUGUUGUUGUGUCAGGUCUAUUUUUGUCUUGUUUAAAUAGUUUAUUGGGCGGAUAAAAUAAGACUAUAAUUGUUAUAAAUACUGUCAGGGUGCUCCGUAUUAUACAGAGAAGAUUAGUAUUGCUAUUGUUAUGUUAGUUCGUUGGAUGGGAGUCCAUGAGUUUAAGUGAUUUCUUCAAAAAGCACUCUCCAAACUGACGUAUUUUCUCCUGCCUGACCAUCAUAACAUUGUCAUUGUUGGUUUCAGAUCGUAUAGAACAGACGGGGUGAACAUUCCACUCUGAAAGGAACAGUAAUUAACUUUUGUUUUUAUUGUAAAAGACUAUAACUUUAGAAGAUAUUUUAAAUGGAUGACGAUGAAGGAUUUUUUAUCGAGGACGACGAAGAGGAGCAGGAGGAUGACGAAGGAUCGAGUGGAUACGAAGAUCACUUCGAAAUGGAAGGCGAGGAAUCGACAUCACAAAGAGAUAGGGCAGAAGAUGAUGACUUUACCUAUGAAGUGUUAAAUCCAGAUGCAAUAGUUCAACACAUGGUUGAUACUAUACGAGAAGUAAAUAAUGUUGUAGAGAUACCCGCAACAGUAACACGCAUCUUACUAAAUCAUUUCAAAUGGGAUAAGGAAAAACUUAUGGAACGCUACUAUGACGGUGACCAGGAACGAUUAUUUUCAGAAGCACAUAUAGUUAGCCCUCAUCGGCAACAUAUGCCACAUUCCUCCUCUUCCUCUUCCUCCUCCUCCUCCUCAUCAUCUUCAAAAGUUCAUACAAGGUCAUCUUCCUGCCUGAUGCAAGUGUGUAUGAUUUGUUGUCGUACAGUACCAACAAAAGAUUUCUCUGGAUUGGAAUGUGGUCACAAAUUUUGCAAUGAUUGUUGGACUGGCUAUUUAACAAUGAAAAUUGUUGAUGAAGGAAUGGGCCAAACAAUAUCAUGUGCAGCUCAUGGCUGUGACAUUCUUGUAGAUGAUCAUACUGUUAUGAAUCUAGUUAAAGAGCCUCGUGUUAAGUUAAAAUACCAGCAUCUUAUCACACUAAGUUUUGUGGGUUGCAAUCGACUGAUGCGUUGGUGCCCAGCUCCUGAUUGUCCAUACGCUAUUAAAGUCAACCACAAUGAGGUGAAGCCGGUUAAAUGUCGGUGUGGACACGUAUUUUGCUUUUCAUGUGGAGAAAUGUGGCAUGAUCCAGUAAAGUGUAUAUGGCUCAAGAAGUGGAUAAAGAAGUGUGACGAUGACAGUGAGACAUCCAAUUGGAUAGCUGCUAACACCAAAGAAUGUCCCAAGUGUCAUGUGACCAUUGAGAAAGAUGGUGGCUGCAAUCACAUGGUGUGUCGUAACCAGAGCUGCAAGGCUGAUUUCUGUUGGGUUUGCUUGGGGCCUUGGGAGCCACAUGGAUCAUCAUGGUAUAAUUGUAAUAGGUAUGAUGAAGAUGAAGCAAAAAAAGCUAGAGAUAAUCAGGAGAAAUCUCGAUCAGCAUUGCAAAGAUACCUUUUCUAUUGUAAUCGAUACAUGAACCACAUGCAGAGUCUUAAGUUUGAAAAUAAACUGUACAGCAAGAUUAAAAGUAAAAUGGAAGAUAUGCAACAGAUGAACAUGUCAUGGAUCGAAGUGCAGUUCCUAAAGAAAGCAGUGGACGUGCUAACCUCUUGCCGUACCACCCUCAUGAAUACAUACGUGUUCGCUUUCUAUCUUGGAAAAAAUAAUCAAAGUAUAAUAUUUGAGGAGAACCAGAAAGAUUUAGAAAACGCAACAGAGUUUUUGUCAGAGUACUUAGAACGAGACAUUACGUCAGAUUCCAUAAUUGACAUCAAGCAAAAAGUCCAAGAUAAAUCCAGAUACUGCGAUAGUCGACGUAAAGUACUUCUCGAACAUGUGCAUGAAGGCUACGAGAAAGACUCUUGGGUGUAUUAUGAAUGUUAAGGCUUGGUGUUAUACCAGUCACUAUAUCACAUUUUAAUACAUGUAAAGUCUAUUAAAAAAUAGCAUUUUUGCACUCAAUACAACCAGAAAUUAGAAUUAAUUUGAACACUUAUAUAAAUAGUAAUCAAGUAUUUUCAAUAUGGUUGUUGUUCUUACAGAAGAGUUAAUUUGCAAUUUAUUAGAUAGCUUUUGAAUGAUAAAAUUCAAAAGGUUUUGGGAUUGUUGUGUGGAAAUUUCUAGAGCAGAUGCAAAAGAAAUGAAAAUAAAUUGAAUAUAUUACUAUGAACUAUGCUUUUGAGAAAUAAUUUUAGGUUAAGUAGGUAUUAUUAUUAUCAUUAUUAAAAUUAUAAUUAUUUUAUUAUAAUAAUAAUAAAGUAAUAAUAAUUAAUAUUUUUAUUGAAAUUCGUUUAUUAAUAAUUUUCUACUAAUAUUAAAAUUAGUAUUAGUAUAUUUUUUUAUUUUAAGUUUAUCUCUUAGUAACAGAAUAUUUAUUUAUUAUGAAUUGUUUUAUCUGUAUGAUCAAAAUAUGUAUUGACAAAAUCAGACAAAAUCCUAGAUUAAGAUUAAUAACCAUAUUUUAUAGCAUAGGGUAUGGAAACGUGCUGGCUUCUGGAAAAAGGAAAGACAAAACACAUCCCACUGAGAAUGCUCUACACUCUUGGACCAUUCCUGGUUCUCAAGCCUUUCAGGUGGAGAUUCAUUUGCAAACCCCUUAUUUGAGGCGACCCAAGACCUAUACUACUCCUUAUUUACAGGACUGUUUGAUUUUUUUAAAAAUUAAUUUUUGCAAAAGGACAGGAUAGCUUAAGGGUCUUGUGUUUGAGAUCUGGUUGAAAAUGUAUAACUUGCCAAUCGUUUACCUAUAUUUUGACAUAACCUUCCUUUUUUUUGGUUAGGAAGGCAUCUAAAGGCCUGUUUAUACUUCAACGAUAACGAUAAAAACGCUAGAAAGCAAUUGUUUAGAAAACAAAAGAAAUAAGAGAAGUUUUUACACUAGCACAAUUCGAUA